CAAACUUCAUAUGAGCCUCUACUCCUGUCAAGACCAUAUUCAACACCAUCACAGAAGAACAGCACGAUGUCAAUAUUCCGCUUCAUCAAUUCUUCCCUCCUCAUCAUCAGUCACCGGCAGCUGAAUGCCUCACUGGCGGAGGAGACCGUGUAUGCCACCUGUGCCCACAUGCCCGCUAUCAUACUCUUCUACCUGGUGCUGCAGUUCAUCAACAUGUUCCUCGGGAUCCCGGCGAACAUCAUGGUUCUGUGGCUCAUUCACAAGAAUAAAGGCGACUCGUCCACGUCCGACAUAUUCAUUGUGCAACUGGCCGUGCUGGACACGUUCUUCUGCCUCAUUCCUCCUCUGGAACUCGCCAACAUCAUCUUUCUGACCACCGACAGCACCUGGUAUGUGCUGCGCUUCUUCUACGGGGUCAAAGACUCGUCGCCGCUGUUCCUGUCAUGCAUCUGUCUGGACCGGUAUGUGGCCGUCCUGCACCCGAUCACAUUCACGGAGCUCAAAGACAAACGGCAUCGCUCAGUUUGCGCCAGUGUCGUGUGGCUGGUUACUUUGGGUUAUGCCGCAGCGAAGUGUGCCGGAAACAUCCCGAACUUUAAGGAAGUGUUCACCGGCAUGAUUCUGGCCACGUUUGCCUUCAUGGUGUUCUGUAAUAUCUCCAUUCUGUGGGCACUCCGGCAGUCCGCUCCAGGACAUGAUGAAAGACAUCCUGUGAUGAAAAAGGCCUUUAAAAUGGUCAUCAUCACUCUGGCCAUCAUCGUCUUGAACUAUUUCCCACCGGUGGCUCUCUUUCCGUUCCAGGACUAUUUCUCUCCGGAUGUGUUUCGCUGUUAUAUUCACUAUAUCGCCUUCGGCUUCAUGGAUGUGAGCAGCAGCAUCCAGCCGGUUCUGUAUCUGUCCCGGGAACAGCUGCCCAAACCGCCGGUGUGCUGCUGAUGCAGAACAUUCUACAAACACGUGAUCAAUUAUAAAUGAUGUCAUUAUUCAUGGCGUAGCUGAUUAGAUGAACUGAACUACUGAAUCUAUACGAAAAUCUUGUUUUUUGUAGGCUAACAUAAAUAACAUUUAUAUUUUUAAGAAGUGAGUGAUAUUUUACAAAAAUGAAUUAACCAAACUUAGAUUUAUUCAAGUUUUAUUCAUUUAAUUUGGUUACAAUUUCCGCAAUUCAAUUUAGAUUGAUUUUAGUUUUGAAACUGAAUAGAGUAAAUCUUAAAAAUGGCCUAAAAUAUUGAGUGUUCACGGGUGUUAACUUGAGUGAUCGUCUUCGCAUCUUGUUAAUUCUGAAGAAAUCUCAAAUGUCUGCAGCUGUUUUAUACUUAUUUGAGAUGUUGCCUUUUAAAUCUACAAAUCAAUGUGUAAUUGUGUACCGCUCUCUCUUGUCAAAACAUGUCAUAUUUCAAUCCUAAAUUAAGACUCUUUUUUUUUUUGCAUUAUGAAAAUUAAAACUGUUUUAGGAGUUUUUGCAUUCUGCCAUUAUUUUUGUGACAAUUAAGCAUG